AUGUUAAAACUUAUUAUUAUCAAAACGAAUAUGUUGUUUAUGAUUGUUUACAUUAAUAUAAUGUAUGCUUUGAUAAUAUACACAUUUUCACAAAAUUGCAGUUUUCCAAACACUAUUUUGGAAAAUACUACAGUCUUUGAUACAUGUACAGCAUUUAAUAACAUUACUAUUGGUAAAAUUUCAUCUUCUGAUAUCAUUCAGUUCAAAAUGAUAUCAAAUGCAAAUGUACAAAUGAAUGGACGUAUCAAUUGUGUUGGUAAUGGAUCAAUUGUACAAUAUGUAAAUUCAAAUCUAAACUUGACACAACAAACUAAUUUUUAUGAUUCAUCAAAAUUGGAAUUGAACGAAAACGCACAAUUAAUAACGAAAAAAAUGAUUAAUUUAAGGCAACACUCUCAACUAAUAAUGAAAGACAACUCCAAGUUAUUAUUUCAAGGUCAAUUAUACACUUACAACAAUAUAAAAGUUGUUAUGAAUCAAAACACUUAUAUAAAAUCUUCUUAUUCAUUGUAUUUAAAUUACAAUUCUACAUUGACAAUGAACGACAAUUCAACAAUAAACAUUACAAAUUUUAUGCAUGUUUAUUUUGCAAUUUUGAUUAUGAAUUCAAAUACAAUAAUAAAUGGAGUUACAUAUUUAAACAUUAUGAAUAAAGCACAAGUGACUUUAAAUGAUUACUCUAGUAUCAACAUCAAUAACAAUAAAGUUAAAAUUGAAAAGUCAUAUUUUACAUUAAACAAUUUAUCGAAAAUUAACAGUGUAAUUUCAUUUUAUGUUCACAAAGGCGGUGUAAUAACAUUGAAUGGAAUGGCAGAUUCAGUUCAAAUUAUUACAAAGUCGUUACAAUAUGUAAGCUGUUACCAAAGUUGUUCAAAUAUUGAUAGUUUCCGUUAUACAAGCGUACUCAAUGUGACUGGAAAAUCUUUAAUUGGUGUUGGCAAUGAAUUUGUGUUUGUAAACUCUACACUUGUAGUAAGUAAUAGGGAUAUCAGAGAUCUUCCAAUUGUAUUUUAUUCUGGUUCAAAAGCAUUAAAUAUAUUAAACUCAACAGUACAAUCAGAUAUUAAUUUUGAUAUUAUGUGUUCACAGAAAGCAAUUAAUGAUAAAACGUUAGCUGGUACUAAAUUGUUAUUGAAUGGUAGAUUGUUAAGAUAUGGCACUUCAAAUAAAAUAUUUUGUCAUGUUGAGUAUGUAACAAACAAAAUUGUGAAAUACAGCGAACCAUAUUGUCCAUGUUAUGAUACAGAAGACUGGUAUAUCACACCGCUUCAAAAUAUAACGUCACUGUAUGUUAAAAUCGAUCUAACCAAAACAAGUUUAAAUACAAAUUUAAAAAGUAGUGACAAUUUUUCAUCUGAAAGUGUUACAAUUGGAAACACACAAAUAUCAUUUUACAUAAGUGAUAAUGUAGUUCUUGGUAUUUCGACAAAACAAACAGUUAAAAUAAAAAUGUUUUUAUUGACAAAAACUGUACUUUUAGUUUCAGAGACAAUAUUGACUUAUAAAGAUGAACAAUUCAACGCAGCAAUAAACACAAAUGAUAAUUUUAAGAUACUUGUUUUAAGAUGCACAAAUGGUGUAUACAACAAAACGUCUAAAAUGUGCGAAGAUACAACCAUUUGUGAUGAUGUGAAUUGUAAGUAUUGUCCCUUUCAUAAAAUUAAUUGUUUAUCUUGCAAAAAUCAAUUUGCUGUUGUUAACUCAAAAUGUGAACAAAUUGCAAAUUGUGAAUAUUCUAUAUCAAAUACAUGCUUUAAAUGUUCAACUGGUUUUUUAUUACAAGAUAAUUUAUGUGUAAGUAAUGCGACUUGUUUACUUGUACAAUUGGAUGGAAAGUGCCAAAUAUGCAACACAAACAAUGGGUAUAUUAACAACAAUUGCAAGUGUGUAAAAAGUGAUUUUAACUGUGAAGUGAUAACAAACAUUAACACAAUUUCAUGUAAUAUGGGUUUUGUAUUAAACACAACAAAUUGUUUGAAGUGUAAUGAUUUAUACAUAAAUUCUGAAAUGUGUGAAAAUGGAAAAAUAACAAAAUGUGACAAUUCAAGUCAAAUGAACACUAACGGAAAGUGUGAAAACAUUAUUUGUGUAAAUCCGAAUGACCAAAACGGCAAAUGUACAACAAUGAUUGAUAAUUGUAUGCUACAAUCAAAUGAAAAAUGUAAUGAAUGUAAAAGUGAACAUGUUUUAUCUAAUAAUACAUGUAACAAUAUCAAAGAACCAAAUUGUAUUGUACACAACAGUUUAAGGUGUUUAACGUGUGCUGAAGCUUUUUAUUUUGAUGAGUCAACAAAACAAUGUGUAAAUUGUAAUUCAAGUUGUUUGACGUGUUUUGAAGAAUCAACAAAGUGUCUCAGUUGUCCACAAAACAUGUAUUUGUCAAAUUACAAUUGCAACACAAAUGAAAAUUUAAAAUUUACAUGUAAACAAUUCGCUAGUUUUGGAAGUGGUUGUGUUGUAUGCAAUGACGGGUAUUACAGAGUUGGUUUUGAUUGUUAUGAAUGUGAUCCAAAGUGUGGCACAUGCAACUACAAAAUUGGUUGUUUUUCUUGCAAUUCAACUAAUUACAAAACAAAUGGCGGUGACUGUUUGCCACAACGUGAUAUCAUUGGGUGUGCAAUAAAGGUUACACAAAGUGGGUGUUCAAAGUGUCAAGAUGGGUAUUAUACAGUCAACACAAACGAGUGUCAAAAGUGUGAUGACAACUGCAAUACAUGUACAUUAACAAGCAAAUGUACUUCAUGUAAUAAUUUACUUGUGUUACUUGGGAAUGGAAGUUGUGGUGGUCUUCUACAAGUAUCAAAAUGCAAUAAAAUCACAAAUUCAAAAUGUUCAAAGUGUUCAUUUUGGUACACUCCAAGUGAAGAUGGCGCAUCGUGUGAAUCGCAGGCUGUUUGGUGGGUCAUUCUAGUGGCGGUUUUGUUUGUUUUUGGAGUGUUAUUUGUAUUAAUUGCUUCAAUUGUCGUAUUAACAAAGAUUAUUCUCAACAAAAUUCACACACACAAAAUCAAUAAGACAACGACACUCUUUGUAAUGAACAAAUCCAACAUCAAAUUUAUACCUCUCCAGGGAGGUGUCUGUGUUUCUAUAGAUCUGAUUGACUUAAAUUCAGACGUUGAACAAAUAGAAGUUAACAAAGAGACGCGGCAGGUAUUGUGUGUUGGAAACACAAACAAAAACGCCAUUAAAAUACAGUUUACAAUUUCAUCAAACAUCACAAAGUUUACAAUUCGUGUUGACCCAGAAGUUUUCACACUUAAAAGUGGCUUUGCAUGUGAGUUUUCUGUAAAUAUCAAACCGUUGUGUUCUUGCAAAAUUAAUAACAUUAUACAAUUAAUUUCUAAAAAUCUCAAAACAAACAAAGAGAAAUACGACAAAAUCUCACUAGUUGGUGUGACACAACAAUCAACACGAAUUGAUUACAAUGAAUUAAGUGAAGACAAGAAAAUUGGUGAAGGCUCGUUUGGAGUUGUGUACCAAGGAAGUUUUAGAGGAAAUAUUGUUGCAAUUAAAAAAAUGAAAACUAUUUUUAAUGAUACCGAGUCAAUGGUAGAAUUCAACAAUGAAGUUUCAAUGUUAGAUAAAUUUGGAAGUAAAUAUAUCGUUCACUUCUAUGGCGCUGUUUUUAUACCAAGCAAAGUGUGUAUGGUCACUGAAUUUGCACAAUACGGGUCGUUACAAGAUUUAAUGAAACACAAAAAGACUGAAGAAGUAAAUAUACAAAUUAGACUUAAAUUUAUGACGGAUGCAGCAAAGGGAAUAUCAUAUUUGCAUGAAAAUGGGAUUUUACACAGAGACAUCAAACCAGACAACAUUCUUGUGUUAUCACUCGAUUCAAAUGAAAACGUAAAUGCAAAAUUAACUGACUUUGGGUCAUCAAGAAACAUCAAUAUGAUGAUGACUAAUAUGACAUUCACAAAAGGUGUUGGAACACCAAAGUAUAUGGCGCCCGAAAUCUUGAACAAAGAGAAAUACAAGAAGCCAGCUGAUGUCUAUUCGUUUGGUGUUUCUUUGUUUGAAUGUGUGACAUGGAAAGAACCAUAUCCCAAAAUACGAUUUAAGUUUCCAUGA